AAGAACGUAACUUAGGGAAGUCGCAAGAUAGUUUUAAAGAUAGAGAAACCAUAGAGCCCUCAAGCAUUUUUGUGUACAUAAACAUUGGGCUACUUGUCUUUUUACGAUGAUGAGUAUGGAUGCAAUACGCUACGAUGAUGAUGGUGAUCACGCCUCGCAUGACACUCGACUAUGAUGGAUUCAGAGGGUGCAAACUGCCUAGAGAUUCAUGCUUGCACGUGAGUCGUGGGUAGAGAAGAACUACCCAUCCAAUUUAGUACCAAAUGAAAAUGUUAGUAACUACCAAAAUUGUAUUUUGACGAGUAUAAAAGACAGUGAUUUGAAUUUGAAGGGUUGUAUGAGUUUUGAGGAUGCUCGGAAUAAUGAUAGCGCCCGUGUUUCCCCUAGUGAACGCCGUCUCCCCUCUGACACAAAUAGCAACGCAAGCCGACGUGGACAUAUCGCCGUGACUCAGAAUCUGAACGCCAGAAUUUGCCUCGACUCAUUCCACACCACAUUGAUAUCCGCCCAUCAGCUCUCCGCCGUCUCCAUCAACCUCCUCGAGGUUUCCCGCUGCCUCCUUCUCGCCCAUGAGAAUACCGAUACUGAACUUCUCGAGCGCAAGAUGCUCAAAUUGCUGCCUCCAGAACACAACGAUGAUCUGGGCGACAUUGACUUCACCAACUGUGUUUCUAUUCAUUUAAGGGAUUUUAGACGCAUUGUUCAUCAAGAGCUCUCUGUGUCCUACCAAGAUCGAGUUUGCAUUACCACAUCGGAGUCUCAAAUCAAGCUAUCCGUCGGUGACAAAAAGACCAUUCUUACUCGAGAGAGAGGAGAAUAUGUGAAUAUCAAUCCUCAAGGAGUCGAGACUCGAUUUGAAUUCAGUAUCCAUCCCACUUCGUUUUUCAAUAAUCUGACUGAUAAAUCCAGAAGGGUUUGGUUCUUGAAGACUACUAAUUCCUUAAGUAUAAUUUGUGUUCCUUUUGCAUGUUGUGGUUGCUAUUUGAUGUAUUUUCCCCCAUGUUCUUGAAGAGUGUUGAUAUUGUUUGAAUGUUUUCUUCUGAUUCGUUGAUAUCAAAGGGAUUGCAAAUAUAUGGUGU